CGCAGUCUCGCGGCUGUACAGAGCAGCGAGUGAGAGAGAGAGAAAAAAGGCCCGAAAGAUGUCUGCCAUAUACGGGGCUCUCCGUGGCUCAACAACGCAACGGUCGCGAGAGGGGGAGCCGUACGCCGACUAUUACCACCACGAGAGCAUCGCGCACAGCAGUGCCGUGUAGUAAAGAGUCAGAUCAGUCGUGUGCGCGAUCGAGCAGCAGCUGCAGGCGCGAGUUUAACAUCGUCUCGUCUGGAUGUCGCGGAGCUACAUCGGCGAGUGACAACACACGCGAGCGCGCGAGAUGCGAAGACGGCGUUUGGCCAAGCUUCUCCAAGAGCAGAAGUAGCCGUUGAAAGAGUGUGACUACUCGCGCAUUGGAUGCAGCUCGCAUCGAACGCGCGGCAGUGAGGAGGCCCGAAAAAAGUCUAACUACUGCGUGUCCGCGCGCGCGCGUGUGUGUGUGUGUGCGUGUGUGUGCUUGUGCACGGAGAGCUAUUAUAAAGAAGGAUAGCUAGCGAUGGCCGACGAUUCCAGCGUGCGCGUCGCAGUGCGGAUCCGACCGCAAGUGGCGCGCGAGGUGAUCGACAUGUGCCGCAUCUGCACGCAGGUGCCUCCGGGCGAGCCCCAGGUCUUCCUGGGCCCGGACAAGGCCUUCACCUACGACUACGUCUUCGACACGAACUCGGAGCAGAGCUCGAUCUACGAUACGUGCGUCGCGAGGCUGGUCGACGGCGCCCUCGACGGCUACAACGCGACUGUUUUGGCCUACGGUCAGACCGGCUCCGGCAAGACCUACACUAUGGGCACUGGAUUCGACGUUGAGAUCGACGAAGAGGUCGUCGGCAUCAUACCCAGGGCUAUCAAGCAUCUGUUCGACGGCAUCGCCGAGAAACAGGCCAGGGCUAGGGAACGAGCCCAGAUGCCUCCGGAGUUUAAGGUGACCGCCCAGUUCCUGGAACUCUACAACGAAGACCUAAAAGACUUGUUGGAGCCUGGUGGGCCGAGAGGCGGUGCCCGAAUCCACGAGGACACGGCGGGCAACAUCCACUUGGCCGGCGUCGAGUCUCGCGUCGUCACCAGUCCCCAGGAGGCUCUCGAGUACCUUCGCCUUGGCGCGUUAUCGCGUACCACUGGCUCCACCCAGAUGAACACCCAGUCGUCGCGGUCGCACGCCAUCUUUACGCUCUACGUCAAGCAGCAGCGAUGCAUCAAAGUCGAGGAUCCCGACGCCGACGUGGAUACGUCCAGCGCCAUGGAGACCGCCAGCGAGUUUGAGACGCUCACGGCCAAGUUUCAUUUCGUCGAUCUCGCCGGGUCCGAGAGGCUCAAGAGGACUGGCGCCACUGGGGACAGGGCCAAGGAGGGCAUCUCCAUCAACUGCGGUCUGCUGGCACUGGGUAACGUUAUCUCGGCGCUGGGCGACAAGACGAAGAAGGCCUUGCACGUGCCCUACCGAGACUCGAAGCUUACGAGGCUGCUGCAGGACUCGCUCGGUGGCAACAGCCAGACAUGCAUGAUCGCUUGCGUCUCGCCGAGCGAUCGCGAUUUCAUGGAGACCCUCAGCACGCUCAAGUAUGCCAACAGGGCGAGGAACAUCAAAAACAAGGUCACCAUCAAUCAGGACAAGAGCUCGAGGACCAUUGCCUCGCUGCGCAGAGAGAUACAGCAGUUGCAGAUGGAACUGCUCGAGUAUCGACAGGGCAAACGCGUGGUCGGCGAGGACGGCAUGAACGACGCCUGGCACGAGAACCAGAUGCUGAACAGCGAGCUGCAGAGUCUGCGAACUAGAGUCAAGGCUCUCUCGGAAACGGUCGAUGCCCUAACAGCGAAGAACUCGUUGCUACUGGCCGAGAAGGCCGCUGGCCAGUGGAUGUCCUCGGGAGCGGCUGCCUCUGGGGGAGACGUCACCGGACUGGUGCAGGGCUACCUCCAGGAGAUCGAGGAGCUCAGGGCGCGACUGCUCGAAGCCGAGGCGCUUUAUCAGCAGCUUAAAAAGCGCCAGAUGCAUCAAUCGUUUGGAAUAGACAGUCAUCUAGACGAUAGUCUGCAGAUGAGCGCUGCGAGCAAUCCUUACGGCGACAUGUCGCACGUCAUUCACAAUGACUCUUCUUCUAUACUGCUGGAUGCCAAAAAAGAGUUGCAGAGGGAAAAAGCUCUCCUAGCCAGCCUUAAAAAUCAACAAGCGCAAAAUUCAAAUAUGAGCAGCAGAGAUGGGGACGACGGCGACAUGGACGACACAGAAAACGGACAGGAGUCCAUGAGCGAAGACGAGUCGGACGAUGAUUCCGACCGCAAAGAAGAAGACGAGGAGGAGGAAGCCAUGGGUCGCGAGCUCGAAAAUCUCACGUCCAACAUCGACGUCAAGCAGCGACUGAUCCAGGAACUCGAGCAAUCCCAGAGGCGACUGCAGACCAUGAAGCAGCACUACGAGGACAAACUCGCCCAACUCCAACUUCGCAUUCGGGACACGCAGGACGAGAGAGACAAGGUUCUGUCCUCCCUCCAGAACCAACCCUCUGCGCCUACAGAGAAGGUGAAGAAACUGCGCGACGAGUACGAAAAGAAGCUCUCGGCCAUGCAAAAGGAAGUCAAGAUACUGCAGUCCGCUAAGAAAGAACACGCGAGGCUCCUCAAGAGUCAGACGCAGAACGAGAAUCGGCUGCGAGGCCUGCGCAACGAGCUGGCCGAGAUGAAGCGCGCCAAAGUUAAGCUUCUGAACAAGAUGCGCGAGGAGGCGCAGCGCCACAAGGAGAACGAGCUCAAACGUAACCGAGAGAUCGCUCAACUACGUAAAGAGAGCCGGAAAAACGCCAACAUGAUCAGGACUCUCGAGGCAGACAAGCGCAUGAAGGAGGUAGUCCUCAGGAGAAAGCAGGAAGAAGUCACUGCGCUGAGAAAGAGGGACCGGGGACUUAGUCAAAAGGUCGCGGGUAGAACGGCACCGGCCAAGGUUCUUAAUCCGAAGGCUCUGAAGAGCCGCUGGCAAACGUUCGAGAGGACCAUUACGAAGCAGGCACUGGCAAAGCAGGCUGCAGCCGAGACGGAGAAGGAGAUGGAGAGGCUGCUGCAGGAGCGAGAGGAACUCGGCAGGGAACUCGAGAGACUGAAGAAGCACAAGCUCGUCGUCGCGUCAACCAAGGAGGAUACGACGGAUCUUGACGAGGAGAUCGACAACGUCACAAGCAAAAUUAAUUACUUACAAGACAGUAUAUCGGAGUGCCAAAGAGCGAUGGUAGUAAUGGGCGACGGGGACGGCGAGGUCGACGAAGACCCCGGCGUCGAAGCCCUCCUCAGCACGAUAAGGACGGUCGACGAGGCGCAAUAUCUGAUGCAACGAAUGCUGGCCUUCACCAUCGAGCAGAGCUACAUUGCCGCGCAGAAGCAAGUCGAGGCGCGCGACAUGGCGACGAGACUGAAUCAAGUCGCGCAGGAGAGCGACGUCCAGCAUCAGCUGCUUGAGCACGUGCUGCGCGAUCGCGACCUGCUCUCGCUCACCAACAGCAACAACACUAACAACACCAAUACCGUGGCCUACAGUCCGCCGAGUUCUCGCAGUUCGUCACCUGACAACAGCGAAAGUCUCACGCAGAGCAUAGGAGGAGACGACAAGCCCCGAAGUAUCAAGGUUCGUCGACGAACCACUCAACCUCAGGAACUGUUGUACGGGAUCUCGACAAGUACGGAGAAUCAAAAGAACGAGGAUCAAAAUCAAAACCAGCAUCAAAAUCACAAUCACCCGCUUACGAGGGUUCCCAGCGCACCAGGGAGUUUAAAGGGGUUGGUACUAGCGAGGAAUCAGUAUGGAAGUGGGUUGAUUGGCUCGCCGACUCUAAGCCGUCGCGACAGCACGUCUCCUCGGCCCCUGCGCAGAGCUCUACACGCAGGUGGCGGUUCCAUGGAGCAGGUAGCCCACAUGGACAUAUCGUCGCCGCCGGGCUCACCGACUACCUACAGAAGGUUCAACAGUAGAGAAGAGAACGUCUUCUCGAGGUUGACCGCGAGCAGGCAGACGCUUCACGUCGAGCAUCAACCGACCAAAGGAGUCAUUUCCAAUUACCAAGGAAAAACGGUUCCCAGGGCGAUAUUGCACUGCACUCACGUAGCCGAAGGUCACAGUAAAGCCGUCCUGUCGAUUUGCGCAACCAAUGAUUUACUCUUCAGUGGCUCCAAAGAUCGAACUGUGAAGGUUUGGGACUUGGGAACGGGCAUCGAGAGCACGACCCUGAGCGGUCACCCGAACAACGUGGUCGUGGUCAAGUACUCGUCGGUGCACCGGUUGCUCUUCAGCGUUUCCGCCGCCUACGUCAAGGUCUGGGAUCUGCGAGCAGGUAACAGCUGCAUAAAGACGCUGUUUUCAUCGGGCCAGGCUCAAAGCGGCCCGUUAAAUCUUUCGACGCCUUCGCGGACGCUUCAGAUGCCCGUCGGUGAGACGACGAUCAAUGACUUAGCUUUGGGUCUGGACGACCGCGAGCUCUACACGGCCUCGAGCGACAAGGUGCGCAUCUGGGACCUGAGAAAGCUGGCCUACGUGGGCAAACUCAGCACGCCUCACGCGGCCGCCGUCAUGUGCCUCAGCGUCUCGGACGAUGGUAGGGUCAUCACCGGGAGCAAGGAUCAUCUUAUCUCACUCGUCGAGCCGAACAUGUCCGGACAGUCGCUGAGCUUGUCGCCGCCUCACUACGACGGUGUGCAGUGCUUGGCUACUUAUGGCAACACACUGUUUUCUGGUUCGAGAGAUAUGUGCAUCAAACGCUGGGACUUGAGCAGGAUGGAACUGGUCCAGUCUCUGAACAACGCCCACAAAGAUUGGAUCCUUGGAUUGUGCCUUAUUAAUAGCGGGUCUGUAAUGAUAUCGGGUUGUCGUGGUGGCAUCCUCAGGGCGUGGACCGUUCCGAAUUUCGGCGACCACGCGGGCGAGUGCUCGCUUCUCGGCGAGGUGCGCGCCCACACCUCGGCCAUCAACGCGACUGUCACCAAUCAGCAGCACAUCUUCACCGCGAGCAACUCUGGGGAAGUGAAGCUGUGGCGCAUACCUGAUUCUUCUUUGACCAUGUCCACGUCCACAGUUUCUUUAUAACUUGAUCCGCUUGAUCUCUAUCUCUUGGUUGGUUUCUGUUUGGUUGUCUGUGUUCAGUGUUUAUCUAUUUUACUAAGUAGUCUAAGGUAUUUGGGUGAUCUACUGCUGUCCAGUUUGCUCUAGUCAAUCUUUCUGAAUCUUCCUUCAGUGCCCAAAAAAGGAUCGAUUUUUCCGCUAGCAAUACGUACUUCAGAAGCAAAAUAUAUUGUAAUAAAAAAUUGUGACAGCAAUUUAACCCUUUUUCGGCUAGAUUUUUGCGAGCGAAAAAGUACAAAAAAAAUGAUAACUACAUUUCUUUAGAAAAAUUGUUCUCUUGAUUAAAGAGUGUAUCUAGGCUUAAUUAGAUUUAAAAAAAAAAAUUGUUCAGGGAUGUACUUUUUGCAUAACUAAAAUAUUUUUGUUAUAAGUGUGUAACACAAGUUCACCACUUUAAUCAUCUAUUUCAUCAUCACCAUCAUCAUCACCAUCACCUGGCUGUAACAAUGAGUUUCACUAGUUCUUUUUCCUUAGUUUUCUGGUAUUAUUCUAGCAGAUACAUGUAUAAUAUUGUGCACAUGCUUGUUAGUUCUUAUAGAAGACAUCGUCAUCUCUUUCAUUACUUCGCGAAUUUUUAGCUGCGAUUGGCUAAAAAAAGUUCUGUAAGAAUCUCUGUCUCUUCUAACAAAAGAUUUUGCAUGACUAAUACAAUUUUCAAUGCUCUUAAUCUUUAUAUUAUAUACAUGCUCAAAUGUAUUAUGAUUUUUUGUUAUAUUAUUUUGCUUUCGUAUGAUUAUUCAUUUAUUUGGUGCAUUGCAUGGCUGCCAUCUGCUCUCCACGAAGUGAUGGAACAGUGAGGCUGUGGAACUACAACAAGAGAGACAACAGGACUUUCCAAAGGAGCAACUCGCUAAAAUGCUAGCACACAAAGUAUUUUAUUUAUUUAGUGAUAUUUGUCGCUUAUUUAUUUACCUCGUUUUUACCAAUCUGCGGUAGGGAUCUAGCGAAGAGUGUUUAAUUAGAACUAACGAACAAAACUCGACGAGAACAAAAUUAAAUUAGGUGCGUUAUGUAAGAUUCGUGGCCGACAGCUAUAUUCCCACAUUUGUUAAAGAAAGUACCGUUCGCUUUGAGUACUUGAAAAUAUAUUAUGAUGAACUUUUUCUACCGCGUGUAACUAGGCUAUGCUGAUUUAAUUUUAAGUAGGACUUUCAAUGAAAUUUUAAAUGAGAUUCUAUUGUGGUGUAAAAGUAGCUGCGAUCCUUUCACGUGAUAUUUUAUAGACUUUUAAAGUGUUAUAAUGUUACCAGAGAGUCAUGAACAAAAUAAGAGAGUUUGUUUUUGAUACGCUUUUUUUAAUCCACCGAAAAUGCCUGUGCUAGAAUUGCGGUGCACUAUUCCAAAGGCGCCUAAAUGAGAUAUAAUUACAGUGUAUUUAAAUAACUGAACAAAUUUGGCAUUAUCUAGCAUUUAUUUUAUUAUGAACGUAAAGGUGGUAAUAAUUGUAAUAUUUAAUCUUAGUACAAACAAUAAUUGUUGAUUAAUACUGUACAGUCUGAGGUCUCUGUAGGUCCCGAAAAUGUCACAUCGUCAGGGUUGACCAUUGUUCAGUUUUCUUCUGAAAGUGUUAAAAAAAAGGAACCCCAAUUAACUUUAUAUAAAUUAAGUUGACACAAUGAAAUAAAGAAACUAAAUUGAAUAAAACUAAGUUGUUAUUCAUUAA